AUGGACAUUACAGCUGCAUGGUGGUUGACUUGGGUUUUGGGGGCUCUUCCUUUGCUCAUUGGUGUGUUCUGGUGGUGGAAUGAUCUAUACUACAUGGUUACACUCAGGGCUCGUUUUUCAGCUACCGGUACAAAGCUUCCACCUGGUUACAUGGGUAUUCCUUUCCUUGGUGAAUUGCCCACUUUCCUCUGGUACUUCAAAGUUUUUCGCCGCCCUGAUGACUUCAUCAACUCUAAAUGCCACAGUUCUUCACUUGGGGGUUGA